AUGAAUUCAGCAUUAGCCAUCAAUUACGCUACCCUCAUCUUGCAAGACGAGAAGGCACCAAUCACUGUCGAAAGCAUCGUUGCUAUCGCCAAGGCUGCCGGUAUCACCGUCCCAGCCUACAUGGCCCAAUUGUACAUCAACACCUUCGCCAAGAAGUCUGUUGAGUCCAUCUUGGACAGCGUCUCCGCUGUUGCUGUAGCUGCCCCAGCCGCCGCUGCUGCCCCAGCUGCUGCCGCCGCCGCCAAGAAGGAGGAGCCAAAGAAGGAAGAGAAGAAGGAAGAGUCUGACGACGAUAUGGGUAUGGGACUUUUCGAUUAA